AUGAAGAACAAGCGCGUCGCGGUGCUAGCCGCGCUCGCCUUGCUGGUGGCGCUGCGCAGCUUCCACGUGGAGCUACCGCACCACCACUCCGCCGCGCCGCCGCCCGCACAGCUUGCACCGCCCGCGCGACUGGCACCGCCCGUAGGACGACGGAGAGAGGCCACGCCCAUCCUCGCGUCAUCGAAACAUAAACUUCCCUUCGCGAUCUACUCGAUCAGCUGCGCCGAGGCCCAAGAUUGUGCCACAACGACCAUUGUGGGCCAGCUGGAGGGGGCCUGCGACGCGCGAGAGCGGACCCUGGAGCGAGCCUCGCUCAAUGAGUGGGCGCAGUGGCGCCGGGAUUUUGAAAAAAAACAUCGGAGAUCGGGCUGCAAGGUCUGCGUGGCCUCGGAGUGGAAGACGAAGGUGCGAAGGGCCGUCGCGCAAGCUUUGAAUGAGGAAUACGCGUCGCGCUCUCCCAGUGGAGGUUAUCUGGCGAAGGACCGCGCGUCCCUAGACCUGUAUUGUGCUUACUCUUCUUCUGGAGGUGAGGAGACCGUGGUCAAGUCGUCCACAAGAGACCUCGCGACGUUCCUGCGGCGACGGUCGACGAUCGUCUUCGAGUGCCCGGUACCACCUUCAUUAAGACGCGCGGCGUUAAACGAUGGGCUCCACGUAAGGAUCGCCCCGCACAAAAACUUGGAGGGCGCGCACCCUUCCUUACCUCUCUUAGUACAACGAGCAGUAAAAUGGCCCGACAACGGCCCGAAAAUCGGCGCGUGCGCGUGGGUCAAGGGCGGCGCCUAUCAUGAUAGGGACGGCAAUAUAUUAGGCCUACCGGCGGCGCGGGUGGCCGAGUGGCUCGCCCAUUUGCGAGUGCUCGGCGUCGGACACGUGCUCAUAACGGACAACUCUGAUGGUGUAUUUGCGAAGGCUCUUAGUGGUCAAAGCGCCAGAGAGACCUCCCCGUUGAAGGUCGCCUACGACGGCUUCUCGUCUAUAACCGUCGUGCCCUGGCCCUCGCUCGAGGACGAUCGCGAUCAAUGCGACCCGGGACGAGUGGAAGCGAGUAUUAUCAAAGAGUCGAACGCCACGUGCACGACGCAGUCACUUUUUGGGCGACCGGCCCAGUACGCGGCGCAGAACACGUGCCAUCGGCGGUUGGUCGCGGCAGGAGCGCAGUGGGUGACCCACAACGACGUCGACGAAUUUUUAGUACCGCCGCCGUCCCUCAAUGCCGAGCAGUAUUUGAUGGAAUUGCUCACGCCGUUCGGAGAACGUCGCCUGCCGCCGCGAGCGUUGGCGCUGCCUUGUGUUUUUUUUGCGCCGUGUCGCAUGGACAAUCAUGGAAUGCCAGUGGGUCAAUCCGACAAGAUGUUGCUGAGUGAGGGUACUUGCGCGGGCAAGGCGCAACUCCAUAGACAAAAACUCAUCGCCCAUGCGUCCGUGACGCACCUGUGGGUCCACUACGCGUUUGCGGCUAAACAAGGGGUAGGUGAUGUAGUAUACUUACUCCCAGAAAAGCAGCUCAUGCUGGCGCAUUUGAGACUCGGGUAUUCCUUCGACAGCGCUUUGGCUUCAAGAGCUGUCGAUAACUUCGGGGAGAUCACUCAGACUGAAGAAAAGCGCUUCGUGGAGCUGUAUGACGAGCGGCUGAGUGCUGGUGGAGAGACCUGCGUCGCCGCUAAAAAGAAGACGGAGGAGUUCUGGAAGGCGCUGACGCCGGCGCAGCGGAAGGCUAGGGCCGCGGAAAGUAUUCUAGAGAGAACGAAGCGGAACCGGCGCGAGACGGGCCUCGGGAUCUCGGACUGCGAUUUGUUAGGAGAGGACAUGUUCGGGUGGUGCUGGUGCGUCGACGACGCGCCGGCUAGGCUUGCUUUACGGACGCGCGCGGAGCUCGUAGCACGGUGGGACGUCUCUUCUCUACGUCGGGAGGUCGACGCGGCGUGGCCCGCCGUCGGUGCGGUGCCGAACGCGCCGACGCGGGGGUGGUAGCAGCUGCCUCGCUG